AUGAAGCUCGUCAGGUUCUUGAUGAAGCUCUCGAAUGAGACGGUCUCGAUAGAGUUGAAGAACGGGACUACGGUACAUGGAACCAUUACCGCCGUCGACCCGCAGAUGAACACCCACUUGAAGACGGUCAAGAUGACCCCGAAGAACAGGUCGACCGUGACCGUGGAUACGCUGGCCAUCCGAGGACCCAACAUCAGAUACUUUGUCCUACCCGACUCGCUUCCGCUGGACAACCUUCUCAUCGACGACGCUCCCAAGCCGAAAGGAAAGAACCCCGGGAUGGGCCGAGGCAAGGCCAGUCAAGCCUUGGACAGGGGCAGGGCGAGGGGACGAGGAGGCAGGGGCAGGGGUCGAGGUUUCUGA